GCUACCGCUCUAUCGUCUCGAGAUGGACCCUCAAGGCACUGAUUCGGAUACUAUCCGGAAGAAGAUUGAAGCUCUAGUUGCGAAGAAGGACUUUCGUGCCGCCGUCGUGAAAUGCGAAGAACUCGAGAUCUUGACCGCGUCGACGCCAUUCGGACAGCAGCACCAAGACGCCGCCAAUGUCCAUCUGGCGCUGCUACUAGCUCUGGACGACGUGAACAACGCGCGGCACCUGUGGAGACGGCUUCCUGCCGCAGCCAAAGCGGCGGGAGGCGAGACGGCCGCACUUUGGGAAGUGGGCAAGUCCCUGUGGAAGCGGGACAUGAGCUUUGCCCAGGCCGCCUUGAGGGAUCGGGAGUGGAGCGCCCCCCUCGCUCCGUACGUGGCUCUCAUAGAAACCCGAGUCAGGGAGAGGCAGCUCGCCAUCAUCCCCAAGGCCUUCACGGUGCUUCCGCUGGAGAGCGUGGCGGGCAUGUUGGCCUGCAGCGUGGAGGAUGCAGAGAAAGCCUGCCUCAAGGAAGGGUGGGAGGUUGAUGCUACCGCCGAGAAGGCGGUCAAGCCCUCGGUAAGGCUUAUCCCCGACGACACCAUCCCUGCUGCAACGCCGGACUACCUGCAGAAGAUGGCCAACCACAUCGCGUUCCUCGAACGGCAAAGCCAAGGUUGAUACUGAUGUUUGGGGGGGAGCUAGAGGGUAGAUAGCGUUUUUUUUUUUUGGGGGGGGGGGG